AUGCUCAGUUUUGUGCCACAAAGUAGGCCGAGAUUCAAAUUCGAAAACUUCCUGCGAAAAGAAUACAACUUUGGCUUGGAUCCGGAAAGACCAAUAUGUGAGUACUGGUCAGGCCCGGGAACUUGUCCAAAUGGCGUCGAUUGCCCGAACAAACAUCCCAGCAAAGUAUUUGGAAACAAGGUCGUCUGCAAGUAUUGGCUAAGAGGAUUGUGCAAAAUGGGAGAUGAUUGUGAUUUCCUCCAUGAAUAUAAUCUGGCAAAGAUGCCUGAGUGUGCUUACUUUGCUCAGACGGGCACAUGUCAGCAGGGAGCAGACUGUAUAUAUCUCCACGUUGAUCCACAAUCGAAAAUACCGGAAUGUCAUAACUACACAAACAUGGGAUUUUGUCCGGAAGGUCCAAAUUGUACGAGAAGACAUGCUAGGAGACCGUUGUGUCCAAUGUACCUGACUGGGUUCUGUCCACAAGGCCCCAAUUGUCCAGAUUCUCAUCCCAAAUUCAACCCAGCGUUACUUCAGGGUCGCCUCAAGAUCAGGAAGGAUGAAGAUAUUUUAAAUGCGCGGAAAAAGAAGCCAUUGGUGGCUGAGAACGACGAGACCGGAGCUGGGGAUACUGGUGAGAAUGGAGAAAAUGGAGAAAAUGACGAAGACGAAUCUGAUCCGUAUGAGCUGGAGGAAUAG